UACUUGAAGUCUUGCGCACACCCACAUCAGGUGCACACACACACACGCUUGUCACUCGCAGUAUUAGUCAUUGAGGUUAGUAAUGUGGCACUGCACAAUACCAGCCUGUCGCAUUCCCUGAGUCUGCAGGAGGCCAAAAACAAGAGGCACUUCUGAGAAACCAGCAGAAACGUGAAGGAAAAAACAGGCCUUCCUGCUGCAUCUGCAUCACUGAAUCACCUGGACGGGCGAUAAUGGCCAGUCCGGUCCGAAUUCAUACAGAAAGUGCUGUUCUUCAGCCUCCGCACUCCACAGGCUUCACUGAAAGCUCGCUGGCUCUUCUUAAAAGAGAAGAUGGCAUUGUGCAGAGUUCAGAGAUGCUGGAACACAAAGCCUCAGACAGAGGACUUUACCUGUCCUGCUUUGACAUGCUGUUCACUGAGGAUGCUGCGUGGCUGGUGAGGGUUUCGGAUGCGCCUGCGGCCGCUGGAGCCAGGCUUGAGCCCGAGCAGUGCCCUGUGAUCGACAGCCCCGGGCUGGGAGCCUCACCUCUGUCACCCACCCUGGAGGAACAGGUGGAGGAGAGAUCCUUAGAGCAGGUGCAGAGUCUAGUCGUGGGAGAAGUUCUGAAGGACAUCGAAACGGCUUGUAAACUUCUCAACAUCACACCAGACCCCAUGGAGUGGAAUUGUGGGAACGUUCAGAAGUGGCUGUUGUGGACGGAGCAUCUCUACAGGCUUCCGCAGGUGGGAAAAGCUUUCCAAGACCUGGAUGGGAAAGAUUUAUGUUCCAUGAGUGAGGAAGAUUUCCGACAGCGUUCGCCACAGUGCAGCGAAACACUACAUGCACAUCUGGACAUAUGGAAAUCAGCUGCCUGGAUGAAGGAAAGAUGUUCGGGUGGAGAGACCAGGAUGAGGGAGGGUGAAGAGCUAUGGUCAGAAGCAGAUUCGUCUUGUUCUGGUCAGCCGAUUCACCUGUGGCAGUUCCUCAGAGAACUCCUGCUCAAACCUCACAGUUACGGACGUUGCAUUCGCUGGCUCAAUAAAGAGAAAGGGAUCUUCAAAAUCGAGGAUUCGGCUCACGUGGCUCGUCUCUGGGGCUUGAGGAAGAACCGUCCUGCUAUGAACUAUGACAAACUCAGCCGCUCAAUUCGGCAGUACUAUAAAAAGGGCAUCAUCCGCAAGCCAGACGUCUCACAAAGACUAGUCUAUCAGUUCGUCCAUCCGGUAUAAGGAAACUCAACCAGCAGAACUUUAUGAACUGACAAACCCUCCUACACACUUCUCGCUUUUUCUUUUGGAGACUAUUUCUGGGUUUUUGCACAACAGCGAAACCAAGAAAAAUGUAGGAGAAAGUUCCGAGAUAUCAAUCAUUUACUAAGUAUAAAAUAUAAUUGUGCUCAGAAAUGUCCAAUAUAUACUUGCACUCUUUUAAAAUGUGUGUCUGUUUAACAUUCUUCAAUGUAAGGCAAGAAACUACAGGUGCAUCAGUAUAGCUAAGUUGCUGAUAUAUUAACUAAUACAUUGAAAACUAUUUGUAUUUCAGAGAUUCUGUAAUGUGAUGUUUAAAUAUGCACUAAUUUGUAAGCAAGUUGAAGGAUUUAUGGAGGUCAUUUCUUUUAUCACUACACAAAAGUCAAGGACAAUUUUCACCAUGUUUCAGGGAUAAAAUGUUAAAUAUAUUAGGCAAAUAUAGUUUUUGAAAUUUGAAAUAUAAUAAUAUUACAAUAAUAACAGCAAUAUUGUGAGGCAUUAUUUAAAAUAUGUGUACAUACACACAACGGCCACUUUAUUAGGUACACCUGUCCAACUGCUCGUUAACGCAAAUUUCGAAUCAGUCAAUCACAUGGCAGCAACUCACUGCAUUUAGGCAUGUAGACAUGGUCAAGACGAUCUGCUGCAGUUCAAACCAAGCAUCAGAAUGAGAAAGAAAGUCGUUGCUGACCAUGUCCAUCCCUUUAUGAUCAGUGUACCCAUCUUCUGAUGGCUACUUCCAGCAGGUUAAUGCACCAUGUCAUAAAGAACAAAUGAUCUCAGACUGGUUUCCUGAACAUGACAAUGAGUUCACUGUAUUCAAAUGGCCUCCACAGUCACUAGAUCUCAAUCCAAUAGAGCACCUUUGGGAUGUGGUGGAAUGAGAGAUUUGCAUCAUGGAUGUGCAGCCGACAAAUCUGCAGCAACUGCGUGAUACUAUCAUGUCAAUAUGGACCAAAAUUUCUGAGGAAUAUUUCCAGUAUGUUGUUGAAUAUAUGACAGGAAGGAUUAAGGGAGUUCUGAAGGCAAAAGGGGGUCCAACCUGGUACCACAGCUAGUCCCGCAUUAGCUAACAUAUGAUUCACCAAUCAGACAAUUCCUAAGUCACCAUAAAUAACCAGAGUUUCAUACCACAGUUUUCUUCACCUUGAGGACAUCCCCCUUCCAGAGGACAUCCCCCUUCCACCCCUACUCCUCCUCCAUUUCCUAGAUAGGGCAGCACGGUGGCCCAGCGGUUAGCACUGUUGCCUCACAGCAAGAAUGUCACUGGUUCAAGUCCUUACCAGGCCAUUCGACAUUUCUGUGCGGAGAUUACAUGUUCUCCCCAUGUUCUCAUGGGUUUCCCCUGGGUUCCCCCAUUUCCUCCCACCGUCCAAAGAUAUGCAACAUAAGUGAAUUGACUAAACCAAAAAUUCCCACCAGAGAUGAGUUCUUAGCCAGCAGUUAAUCUCUCCAUAGCAAUCCCUAAUUUGAAUUUAGCCAUAAACAACAAGAGUUGUCGGGAUGUACCCGAGCUCAAACUUCACUCUCGCCCUGCAAACGGGAGGGAGCCCCGGGCUCGAGGAUCUUAUGAGCUCAGGGUUCACUACCGGGACAGCAUGUCAGACACGCUUUAUAAUCAAUCAUCAGCUAUCUGUGAACUGUGAGCAUUUUACAGUAUAUUCACUUAGAUUAGAAAACAGUUAGUCUAAAUGUAUUUAAUAUUUCACAAUAUUACAGUUUUUACUGUAUUUUUGAUCAAAUAAAUUCAGCCUUGCUGAGCAGAAGACUGUAAAACUCAAGUUUUGGUGUAUUUCUAAAAGGUGAUAUAACUGAAAUCCACAGAUGAAAAUAAAGUGCAAAAAAAUUAAAACAAGCACUUAAAUAUGUAUUUCGGAUGAUGUCUGGAAGUAAAAUAGCUAAAAGCUGAUUAUUAUAUAGAAAAUAAAAACAAUUUCACCUGUAGUGUCUUGCCUUAAACAUCCCCACAUGAAAAAAAAAAUACCAUAAUGUAUAGUAAAUACUAUAGUGCUCGUAAAGUAAUUAAGUCUACAGCUGGAAUAAUAUGUCCAAUGACUUAUGACACUGUAAUUAUGAAUACUGUUACAAUACUGUAGUUUUCUACAACUAUACUAUACAACACUACAAUAUAGGGCUGGGCGAUAUGGCAUAAAUGCAAUCUCUGAUUAUUUUCCAUAUUGAACGAUAACAAUAAAUAAUUUGAUCAGUUGUCAAUCCUUUCCGAUUUAAAAGACAAUGACUGAAGCCAUAAAAUUUAGAGCGUCCAUUCAAUAGCACAACAUAUUUUCGGCCGAUAAAUUUAAGUGGCAGAAAAUUCGGUACAUCUCUAAUAUCAACACACUUGUUGCACAUUUCUGCAGUGUGAUAGGCUCUUAGAUCAAUAUAGAGUAAAAACGUCCAGAGCUUAUCACUGUUAUUGACAUAAAUUUAUCGCGAUUCGAUAUAUCGUUUAUCGGCCCCACUACAAUACACCCAUUCACAGUAGUAAAACAAAAGUUUAUUCCAGUAUUUGUUACAGUUUAUAAAAUCAUUACAGUUAAUACUAAAGUAUGCUGUAACAUUCAAUAACAAAGUGUUGUGGAUACUAUAACAUAAACUUUACUGUAGUAUGGUUCAAAAACACUGUUUAAUACAUAUUACUGUAGUAUUUUUCAUGUGGGUGGUAUUAGCUUUGCACUGCUACUCUCUGUUACUUCAACAAAAGUCUGUUGAAUAGAUUUUUGAUGUUUAACAGUAGCACUAAAGGUGAAAACGAGCAGUUUAAUCGACGUUAAAGUAUGUUACAGGUUUUAUUUCGCCAGGUCUGCCUGUCCUGCCAGCGUGUCUGUCUCUGACUGAGCAAACCUUCAUUUUUUUGCUAUAAUCUCUGCCUGCCACCAAACAAACAUCCCCUUUUUCUGUCUGCUGAUUAAUUGCACUGCAAACCUUUCAAGUCUGUCCAAGUGAACUUUCUCCAGUUUCUUCAAUAAUCGUCCGCUUGUGCACACACCUCCAUCUUACGUCAGGUUUUAGAUUCGCGCGUUUUCCGCAUUUGUCACGUGUCCUGUAACGGUGAAUUUGACGCAGGUUUACGUAAGGAAGCACGGAAAGGAAAGUCAUUACAUGAGCCUGAGGGAGAUUUGCUUUCUUUUGUGGCUCUUGUGUUUUGUACGUUUCUAUUGUGAAGUCUAAUCUUGAAGAGUCAAUGGUUCUUUACAUGUCGGGGUUACGAAAUAUUAGCCGUAAUCUUACAGUUAUUCAAAGCCGAGAGGCCAUUUUUCAUUCAGUGGUUGUUCAUUGUGCAUUUUCAUUAUUAAAUAAUCCUUUUUUUCA